CACCGCCCCGUAGCCCUCCUCCUGCUUCUCCUCCUCCUCCUCUUCAGCAGCAGGGAGAGCAGAGAGCACGGAGCAGCACGGAGCAGCUGCGGGCUCCCGAGAGACCCGGAGGAGGCAAACCUCUCCCCGUUCCCCUUGCACCAUCCCCGUGCAUCCCCCUGGCACCUCCCGCGUGCUCUCCGUGCAUCCCGGUGCCUUACCCUGCACGUCCCGCCGCGCUUUCCCUGCACCCCCUUCCCCGGGCACCCCUUUUUUCCUUUUUCCCCGGGCACCCCCCGGCCAUGAACGGGUCGGUGCCGGGCUCCGAGGGGGGCUGGCAGCCCGAGGCGGUGCUGCUGCCGCUGGCUUACCUCCUCAUCUUCCUGGUGGGCACCGUGGGCAACUGCCUGGUGCUGGCGGUGCUGCUGCGCAACGGGCAGGUGAACAACACCACCAACCUCUUCAUCCUCAACCUGGGGGUGGCCGACCUCUGCUUCAUCCUCUUCUGCGUCCCCUUCCAAGCCACCAUCUACACGCUGGAGGGCUGGGUCUUCGGGCCCUUCCUGUGCAAGGCCGUCCACUUCUUCAUCUACCUCACCAUGUACGCCAGCAGCUUCACCCUGGCCACCGUCUCCCUCGACAGGUAUUUGGCCAUCCGCUACCCCCUGCACUCGCGGGAGCUGCGGACGCCCCGCAACGCCCUGACGGCCAUCUGCCUCAUCUGGGGGCUCUCCCUCGUGUUUUCGGGCCCCUACCUCAGCUACUACCAGCAGUUCCAGCUGGCCAACCUCACCGUCUGCCACCCCAUCUGGGACGCCGCCCACCGCAAGGCCAUGGACCUCUGCACCUUCGUCUUCAGCUACCUCGUCCCGGUGCUGAUCCUCGGCCUCACCUACACGCGCACCAUCCGCUACCUCUGGAGCUCCGUGGACCCCCUCCAGGACGCGUCGGAGUCCAAGGCGGCCAAGAGGAAGGUCACCAGGAUGAUCAUCAUCGUCGCCGUCCUCUUCUGCCUCUGCUGGCUGCCCCACCACCUGCUCAUCCUCUACGUCUGGUUCGGGUACUUCCCCCUCAACCACGCCACCUACGUGCUCCGCGUCCUCUCGCACCUCGUCUCCUACGCCAACUCCUGCGUCAACCCCAUCGUCUACGCCCUGGUCUCCAAGCACUUCCGCAAGGGUUUCAAGAAGAUCUUCAGCUGCCUCCUGCGGAAGAGGGCGGCCAACAAGGUGCACGCGGCCCCAGCCACCCACACGGCGAGCACGCUGGAGGCAGAGCUCAGCGAGCUGCCCCACGGCCUGCCCCGACGCUGCUCCGCGCGCUGCCAGGUCCCGGAGGGGUCCUGGGGGGAGGAGGAUGGGGCAGGGGGGCAGCAGCAGGGAGCGGACGGCUCCUUCAUCACCUUCAACGUCACCUAGCGGAGCCGCUCGUCGUCACAGGUUUGGGGACGGACCACGAUUUGGGGUUAAUUGUGUCAAAUUUUACAAUUUUUUUCCCCCUUCGAACGCUGCCAGGUGUAGAACUGCUGGAACGCUGCUGCUUUCUGAGGGCUCAGCCAAGCGAGCUCCUGAGGAGCCAAGCACAGGACUCGUUCCCACCCAAGAGCAGAGAUCGAAACCCCAAAUCGGUUCUUGUCUGUGAUCCCUGCUCCUCUGCCCGGGGCAGACUGACACCCUGCCGUGUCUGCACCCGGCCCCUUGCGAGAGCUCCGAUCCCCCCGACCACAGCAGUGGCAGCGAGAGGAGCGGCUCCAGGUGCCCUCCUCACCGCCGUCCCCACGCAUGAGAGGCCGACGUGACUCACACCCGUGCUCUUAGCGCUGAAAAGGCUCCGAGAGCAGCUGGACCCUGCUGCAGCCAGCAGCCGAGGGCUUUUAUUUAAAAGCCUGUCACUUUUCUGAAAGAAGAAGAGCGUCAGGGGAACGGGACCCGCUAGCUCUUCUGAAAAACCCUGCCCCAGAGCACUGCUGGAGGAGGUGGGGAAGCCGUGUGGGAAGGGGCCCGGCUGUGCCGAGCAUCCCUGCAGCUUCCCGGGGCUGCCCCACAGCACAGACACCCACAAAAUCAGCUCCCUGAGAGCUCAGGUCCCUGCCAGCCACCAUCACCCACCCCUGGGCCCCAUCCCAGCUUGGGGGCACCCCCGCAGCAGCAGGAUGCCCUGCAGGAGGUUUUUAGGGCCGGGACCCCACAGCCCCCUUGGCACGCUGCUGCUUCCACCCCCCUCCAGCGCGUGGCCUUCCCUCCCGGCGAGCUUUCUGCUGUCAAACCCUUCUCUUUCCCCUGCCAGGCGUUAGGAUAAGCAGAGCUUCCUGUCCCCACGCAGCGAGCCAUAAAUCGGCCGCCGCCUCCCCUCGCUGACCGUUGUAUUUAGUCUGGGCCCGCUCAGGGCGUGAGGCACGGAGAGGGAUUGUAUAAACAGCCCCAUUACUUCUCGCAGUAUUUACCUCCCCUGCUGGACCCUUCCCAGCCUGGGAAAAUAUUGCAUCAGGCGCGCAAACACGGCAGAAAGCCUCGCCCUCUGCUCCUGACCUCGGCCACGGGGAGCAAUCCUCACCCCUCCACCCCGCUCCCCAGUGGCAGUGGGGACAGGACACCGUCCUGCUGCCCCCUUACCCCAGGGGAAGUCCCCAGAAAGGCCAGGAGUCACCCAGCCCCGGCAUCUUGCUAAGCACAACGGCCACGCGUCCUUCCCCUUCCCUGCCCUGUGGUCUGCCGGUGUCUUCCCAAGCACAAGCAACAGGAGAGGGCAAAAGAAGAAGGAAGCGAGGUGGUAACGGGGUGAAGCCAUCCCCAAAGCUGGGCAGAGCUGGGCUGCUCCGUUCAGGAACCUCCUUCAGCUGGAGAGCCAAGCGAGCAGCGCUGCGAUGCCGCACCGACCACGGGAUCGACACGUGUGUGGACGUGGAGAUGAGAGAAAAGCUGCAAAGAAAGGGCAAGCGAUUCCUGAGCGUAACAAAAAGUGAUUUUGUGAGCAAGGGGAGCGCUUCGCAGAGCCUUCCAGCACAUCCACUGAUCACAUUCAGCACUGACACCCCAAAACUGACUGCAGUGACUCCCUGCCCCCCAGCUCGUCCCACUGGGGCACCAGGAGAAGGGAGCAGCAUGCGGAGCACAGCACAUCCCCGCCACCUCCAUCACUGCUCCAGAGAACAAACCCCAACACUCGCAGGGAGAUGGAAAUGUGCCGGCUGCUGCAUCAUUACGCCCCUCACAGGGUGGGACAAAACACAACAGCCCCCCCACAGCACCUUAAACACUGCACGAGCUGGACAGAGGGGAGAGCUCUGCGCGGGGAGAGCUCCCUCUGGGGAGCUGGGCUGCCCCGAGCACAGGAGGAGGAGGAGAUGCAAGAUGCUGAGCCUCAGCACCUUGAAGUUUAAUAAAAUGUGAAGGUUAAAGGUGAAUAAAAGCAGAUUCCGCUGGGAGAGGGAAAUAAAUAAGCUAAAUUCAGCUUCCACCAAGUCCAGGGGUGUUCAAGGAGACAAGGAGCGUUCAGCCAAAACCCCAGGUUAAUGGGAGCUUUCCAGAGCACGGUUUUAACACCAAUGUUCAAGGAUUUUUUAAAAAAACUUCGUCGGCACCAGCAGGGAGCCUGCAGGGACCUCGUCCCAGGUUCCUGUCCCUGCUGGGUUCGUGACAAACGUGUUUUGUUGCCCCAAAGCCAGGCACAGGGGAGGCUGGGAGAGCCGGUAGCAGCCCCAGACCUUAUCACAUCCCUCCAACCUGCCCCCCUGCAGCAAAAACAAAACCAAAAAAAGAGAGAGAAAUGGGUCUCCAGCCCCCAAACCCCAAAUACCAGGAAGCAGAAACUUGCCUAAGCGUGCCAGGGGAGGCACUGGCAGCAAGAGCAGGACCUGGGGGUGCAGAGAGGGAAAGGGAAGAGCGUUAAAACCAGCAUGGGCCUCCGAGAAAGCAAUGGGGUAGGGGGGUGUCAGCACCAGCGGCACAGGGCAGCCCUUGCCUCUGCCAGCAGUCUGGGCUGGAGCUGGCAUGAUUGCUUUUAAUUAAUGUGUUGUGCAGACAUUCCUUACCAUAAAAAGCCAAAAGUGCAACGUUUGGCCCUGCCUUGAACCCUCGAGGCAGCCCGGAGGGGCGAGCGCUCCCCCGCUGCUCCUGCCUCCAAGCAGGGCUGGGAGCCCGUCCACCUCCACACACUCCUUCCCUGCGCAGGGGAGAGGCAGGAGGUGCAGGAGGGGUUCAAGCCGGGGCCAGGAGGCUGCCUGGGUUUAGGAGAGGGGAACCGGGUGGCUCUGCUUUCCCCUUAGCUCUGGGGAAGAAAGGGCGUUGGGCUCGCGCUUACGGCUGUGCAGCCAGGAGCAGCAGCAGGCAGCACCUCCCUGGUGCACAACGCCUCCUCCCUGCUGCACAGCCACUGCUGAGCUGGGCCCUCAGCGGCCUCUCAUCCCCUUUUUGUUCCCCCAAACACUGCCAGGGCACCCCCAGGGCAUCCAGCAGCCCCGCCAGAGUCUGGUGCUGGCAACCGAGAGAGCAGGAUGCAGCAGGACAUUGCACACCCCAUAAUCUGACGCUGUUCCACCUCCUCCGAGCUGAGCUGCCCCAGAUUCUCUUCAACCCCAGACUGGAACAGCUUUCCAGGCUGACAGCAAAGCCCAGAAAUGCCUCUUCCAGUGUAGACCGUGCAAAGGCCUUCCCAGAGCCUCCAGAGAGCAGCUGGGGGCUCCAUCCCAGACCCUAAGGGCCCUCACGCAUUUCUGUGGGCUUUGGCCAGCCCCAGAGCAUCAGCACGGGGACGAUGCCCACCCCUGCACCGAAGCUCAGAUGCUCCAGAAAGGCCACAGGCAGAACUCCUCUCUUCCUUCCCCUAGCUUUGCUUGCAAGCGUUCCAGGUGAACUGCCUUGCCCUGGAACCAGCUGCAAUAAAACGCGUGUUUUAUAGCCUCGGCCUGAGCGCAUCAACGAAUUCCAGCCGCUCUCCUGGAGAAAGAAGUCCAGAUCAGAUCACUGCUGCAGCAGAAACAGGUCCAAAGAGACGGAAUCCAGCUCCUUCUGGUCAGUGUCAGUGUGUGUAUCCAGCACGGCCGACACCGCACGUAAUGCGAGCCAGCAGCGCACUGCUUGAGCUCCAAAAUGCUCCUCCCAGGGCCUGCCAAGCCUCCAAGAGGCUCUCGGAGCUGGCAGAGGAAAAACAACUGGCACUGAAGCCUGAUUUCCCCAAGCAUUUGAGAUCAGAGGGCUCUCAGGUUGGUGCUGAGCAGCCACCAGACCCCUGAAACACAGCCAGGCAGGUGAGGUCAAGCUUUGACCCCCUGAGGGGACCAGCUCUGGGCUGGAUGGGCCUGUCAAAGGUGGUGGUUUGUUGUUGUUUUUACUCCAGGUGUUUUCUACACCUCUAAAAUACCCGAGUGCUUCAGGCCACGCUCAGGUCUAGGCUCAGGAGGAGGUCAGAGGUUGAGAAAGGCCAAGAGUUACCUGGAAAACAGCUCCGUGCAGCAGCUGGGUCUGCCACGGCAGGACCUGUGUCCUCACCCGGGCUCUAACAUUCAGCUCCUGCGUGGCACGGGGUGAGAUGUGCUCCUGGCCACAAACACCUGGGGCAGAGCAUUCCGAGGAUGCGCAGCCCUGACUCUCCCAGGGAGCAGCUCACCUCACAGCUCUGAGGCUCCCUGGGUGGAGAAAUCUCCUCUGCUAGGAAAAAAAAAAGGCAGAGUUGGUGGAUAGGCAGCAGCAGAGGGUUAAAAACGCAGUUCCCUACCUUUCUACAUCUGUUCUCACUCUCUGCUUCACGCCGAGGUCUGCCUUGUCCCCUCCCCUUCCCCUCGGGGUGGUGGCACAAAGGCUCUCCUAUCGCUGGGCUAAUUAGGUGCCAGCAACACUCACUGCUGUGAACAUGGCCUAGGUGAAUCAUGGAUUUGCUCCAAAUUGCAAAGCAGCAGCUAUUGUGAGCGCUCCCAGCUCUAUGGAAACCCCACCUUUCAAGUGUUACCACAGGCAGACAAUGGAUUAGAGCCCACAAUAGAGCGAGCAGCAAGGUGGGAACAAGAGGUGCCUGGACGGAGACCACAGAAACGCAGCACACACGCCCCAAGCUCUCAAAGGCCUUGGCGUGAAGAUGGCCACAUCUAGCUCCUGCAGCACAGCCUCAAAGUUCUGCCCCAAGGAUUCACACACUCCCUGUGUCAGCUGUGCAAAGCAUAAACGCUUCUACACCAGCCUGAAAAUAUCUAAGCGUAAGGCCCCGCGACACAGAACUGCGGCACACAUCUAGAGUCUUGGCUCAGGAUCCACAGAAGGAGGCAAAGACAGCCAGGAGGUAGCGUGUCCACGGGUUUAUAAAUCUGAUAAAUACAAGUAUAACGCCCUGCCCGCCACAACGGGGCAGGGGAGGAGGGAGGGGAGUCACAAAAGUUGCUGAGAGAACAGUGACUUGUACUUGGCAGCUGGAGAAGUACAAGAGGGCUGCGGAUUUACGCUGAUGUGUCAAACAGCUUCUCGAUCAUCUCUCCCACUUGGUCGACCUGGUACUUGAUGUACUUCUCAGGGUUCUUGGUGAAGGGCACGUUGCCAUAUCUGCAAAGGAAGACAACCCACAGGAUGCAGCAAAAGACCCUUCUCCAUACUGAGAGAGGCCGUCCCCACCUGCGUCCUUCCUCUGCCAGAGAAAUCAGCUCUCCUCCAGCAGGUCUCACCUGAAUCUGAUGGGCUGUCUUGUAGGGAGCAAGUGACCCUGCUAGUUACAACGGGUCUCCUGAGGUUUACGUGGGUAAACCCAGGGUGGCUCCGAGCUCUGUGCUAGCUAGAACAUCUGCACUCACCCUGAACAAGGAAUUGGGGUGACGAGGAGGUGUUCACAACUAGCAGAGCUCAGCUUAAGGAUGUGUUAGUGUACAAGAUGGAAAAGCUCCAACAGGACAGUGGAAAAGUGCUUCAGCUCUGGCUAACCUAGGUCCCAAAGACCCAAACCCAAUGAGAUGACAACGAUGCAAGAGGUUCUCACCUGUUCAGGAAGGCACCGUAGGUCUCUUUCACAAUGGUUUUCUGCGCCCGGCGAAUUUUGUCCCGUUGCUCCAUGUCUGGAAUUGCCCAGGCCUUCUGGAUCUUACAUAGCUCCUCCAGCCCGUCAUUAAAACCC